ACCUUAGCUUCGGCACACUAUAUUUUAUUAUUUUAUUUUCUCUCUCUUCGGAUUGCUCUCAGAUCUUCCUCUAUUCCGUUUUGGCGUAGCACGGAAAUCUCUCGUUCAACGCUAUGUCCGAAACGACUCAGGGAUCCGAACUUCAGAAUGGUUUCCAACCACAACCCGAACCGGAAUCGGAAUUGAAAGUGGAAUCUCAACCUGAACUUCGACCGGAAACGAAACCGGAUGAGGAAUUGAAAGCGGAACCAGUGGUAACUGAUGCCGAGCCGGAGCCAGAACCGCAAAAGGACACAGAGAGCUCGAUCCAGUCGAUUGAGACGGCCAAACAAGCAUCCACCGACCAAGUUGCUCGUCCGGGACCGGGUAAAGAUGAAGAGAACCGGGCUUUCACGAUGAGAGAAUUGAUAAGUGAAUUGAAAAGCGAAGACGAUGCAGGUUCUCCUUACAGUCAAGAAAACUCGCAACGACAAUCCUACCAAAACAAUGCUGCAAUGGAGUUGAUAAAUAGUGUCACUGGAACUGAUGAGGAAGGCAGGUCUCGCCAACGAAUUCUUAUAUAUGCUGCUAGGAGGUAUGCUACUGCACUAGAGAGAAACCCAGAAGAUUAUGAUGCUCUUUACAAUUGGGCAUUGGUUCUUCAGGAAAGUGCAGAUAAUGUUAGUCCAGAUUCUACUUCACCUUCUAAAGAUGCCUUGCUAGAGGAGGCUUGUAAAAAGUAUGAUGAGGCUACUUGUCUCUGCUCAACACUUCAUGAUGCUUUCUACAACUGGGCAAUAGCAAUAUCUGAUCGAGCAAAAAUGCGCGGUCGAACCAAAGAGGCCGAAGAACUCUGGGAUCAGGCAACAAAAAACUAUGAAAAAGCUGUCCAACUCAACUGGAAUAGCCCCCAGGCACUAAACAAUUGGGGACUGGCUCUUCAGGAACUCAGUGCAAUUGUUCCAGCUCGAGAGAAGCAAAAAAUUGUGAGGACUGCAAUUAGUAAGUUCCGCGCAGCAAUACAGUUGCAAUUUGAUUUCCAUCGAGCAAUAUACAACCUAGGAACUGUUUUGUAUGGACUAGCUGAGGAUACUUUAAGAACAGGCUCCCCAAAUCUGAAAGAAGUUUCCCCAAAUGAGCUGUAUAGCCAGUCUGCUAUAUAUAUUGCUGCUGCUCAUGCGCUGAAACCAAAUUACUCGGUUUACAGCAGUGCCAUGAGGCUUGUCCGUUCAAUGUUGCCUUUACCGCAUCUUAAAGAUGGGUAUCUUACUGCACCACCAGUAGGAAAUUCAAUUGCUCCUCAUAGUGAUUGGAAGAGAACAGAGUUUUUCUUAAAUCAUGAAGCUCUUCAACAGGUCAUCAGAGUUGAUCACAAACAAGUUUCCCGAAGCCUCUCUGGAAGAACUAUAGAUGUAACAGAUAUCGAAAAAAAGUCUAUAAGAGUUGAGAUUCCAGAUAUUGUUUCUGUAUCCGCAUGUGCUGAUCUGACUUUACCACCAGGUGCAGGCCUUUGCAUCGAUACCAACUCUGGUCCAGUUUACUUGGUAGCCGACUCAUGGGAAUCACUAGAUGGAUGGCUUGAUGCCAUCCGCUUAGUUUACACAAUUUAUGCACGAGGUAAGACCGAUGUUCUGGCGGGUAUCAUUACGAGCUAAAUAAUGCUUUAGGUAUUGAGCUUUCAUCUUCUGUCGAGUUUAUUUGCAUGCCUUCAGAUUUCGUCGGAUCUAAUUUGGUUGCCCUGUAUAUUAUCAAAAAAAAAAUUAAUAAUGUACGGUUAUGCUAACUUCUCUGUCAAAUUAUUUUGUUGGCAUCUCAGCUGAUAUGCUACGCUAUGAAACUCUGAACUAGUUUUACACAA